AUGGCAACGCCGCUGCCGGAGAACCGACGAGGGUCGAUGCAGACGGUGAGCCGUCGUUCGUCAAGGUGGGCUUUACUGAGCUUUAUUCCAUGGUUUUCUUCCACCACUUCGUAUCCUUUUCUUCUGUCGUCGAGCUAUCACUGCCAUCGCUUUAUCGAUCAACGGGUGCGGCUGUGGAUGGCGCUUUCUCUCCGACUGUCGAGAGCCACCGCUGGCGUGGCUGUGAUUGGGUGUGUUCCCCUUGCUCGACUUGUGUUAGUGUGUGCGUAUGCCUUCUAUUGGCCAGAAAAACGUGGGAACCACCAUGACAUCCCAUCAUGGUGGUCAUUUCCUUGCUAUCACCACAAUCCACCGUUGAUUGCGGCUAGAGUGCUGCUGCCGUCGCCGCCCACCACAGGUGGGUGUUGGAUUCGUUUUGCAAGCUGA